CCCCGCCUCCAGAAAAAUAAUGUGAUUACUAAAGAGGCUGGAGAGGGCUGAUCCAAGCUGCACACAGGAUUUGCCCACUGACCUUUGUCCCCUUCCCCUGCUCCAGCAGAAAGUCUCCCCUCGACUCAGGGAGCGUCAUGACCGAAGUUGGUUGGUGGAAGUUGACCUUCCUCCGGAAAAAGAAAUCCAGUCCCAAGGUGCUGUACGAGAUCCCUGACACCUAUGCCCAAACGGAGGGAGGCACAGAGACUCCGAGGCCCGACACUGGAGGGCCCAACAGCGACUUUAACACUCGUCUGGAGAAGAUUGUGGAUAAGAACACAAAGGGCAAGCACGUCAAAGUCUCCAAUUCGGGUCGCUUCAAGGAGAAGAAAAAAGUCCGGGCCAUGCUGGCGGAGAACCCCAGCCUCUUUGAUGACCAGGAGAACAAAGGACAGUGAGAGGGGCCGAGGAGGAUGCUAGCAUCUCCCUGCUCCUUGCCAUCAGCAGGAUCUGAGACAGGAGCUUGCCACACUGGCCUCUGGUCAUAGCUGAAACCUUAGGGGCAGUUGAUGCCUGCUGGCAGGAAACGUCUGGGUUUUAAGUUUGUAUUUCUGUGCCCCAGCUUUGUGUAAGGCCUGGGAGACCCCAGGCUCCCCUCCUCUUCCCCUGACCACAUACAAUGGCACUCUUGAAUGAGGAGGAAAACUCCCACCCUGGAAGCCCAGCCCCCCUUGGAGGGGAGCGGAGGGGAGUAGAGAGGAGGUGUGGCAGACUCCACCUCCCCUGUGAACACAGGGUCAAGGGUGAGUUUGAAUUGCUGCUCCCUCUACUUUCUCUACUUGUAACUGUUCCCUGGACCAAUCCUAGGAGAGCACAUUUUCCAGAAGCC